AUGAUUAAACAACAACAACUUAAGGCACAAAGCACCCAGGUCCUUCAGACCAUUACAUACGCCACAUAUGCAUAUAAUUCAAAGACGGCAGAACAAACGCAAAGGUUGAAAUAUGGAGAUUUGGAGAUAGUAUUGAAAAAUGACCAUUUCGAAUUCGUUUGCAAAGGUGGUGCAGUGAUAUCAAAUAUAAAAGAAAUUUUAUUUAUGAAUUCAAAAAUUAAAGGAAUAACGGAUGAUAUAACAUCAAUUCCACCAGAAGAACAGAGAUAUUACGCAUUAAAUGCAUCUCCUAAAGUUUUGAAGAUUGGAAGAUUUAAUUUAAAUGAGGAAUUCAUAGAAGGUUUCCUAAAUGACAUAAUGAAGAAGGUGGAUAAGGAAUACGUGGAUAGUGAAUUAAUGAAGAAGGCAAAUUUGGUUUAUGUUGAUGAAAAAGAUAAUGAAAUUAAAGAAAGGGUUGAAUGGUAUCAUGAAUGGACAUCAAAGAUUUUAAAAACUAAAGCUGAUACAGGAUGGGUUUCAGGAUGUUUAGACCUUAAAGCAGAUAAGAACCAUACACAUAACUUCUUCUCAACUGUUGCUAUAGAAAGUAUUGAAGGAACGGUUGAAGGAACUGAUGGGGAUGCAUUAUAUUGUAAACCUCCUAACUUUCCACAAGGUUUAACAUCGAAUGAAAACAUAACAACGAUGAAGUACAUUAAAUGUAAAAAUGUUUAUGUCAUGGAUGAUGAAAAUAAAGUUAAAUUCACUGCUCAAGAUUUAUAUGAUAAGAAAGCAGACAAAACAGAGCUUCAAACAUUAAAGACUGAAAUACUUCAAACAUUAUAUCCUGUUGGUUCUAUUUAUACAUCAAUGAACUCAACAAAUCCAGAAACAGUUCUGGGUUUUGGUAUGUGGAAGCAGAUUGUAGAUAAAUUCUUAUACUGUGCUAGAUAUUCAAAGCAAACAGGAGGUUCGAAGAAAAUUAAAGAAGCAAACUUACCCCCGCACACUCAUACAGGAACUACAAACACAACAGGUAAUCAUUCACAUUCAAUAACAAAAAGAGGUUAUAUAAAUCUUGCAGCGGGUUCGGAUAGAUGGGGAAUGAAUAGAUAUGAUAUCACAACUGACCCAGUAGAUUCAAGCACAGGUAUUUCCUGUGGAACCGCAGGAAAUCAUUCACACACUUUCACAACAAAUCCAACAGGCUCGGGUAAAGAUUACAUGCCACCAUUUGUGACUGUAUUCGCAUGGUACCGUGUUCAAUAA